AUGUUGCCACGGAAGCUCAAACUCCAACACUACCGAAAUGUUUAUUACGUACUUGCAAAUCGCCAGUUUGCUUCAGCGAAUCAAGUGCCCUACAAGAACUUGGUGGUUGGAGUUGCCAAAGAGGUUGUCGAAGGUAAUCUUAAUGGCGUUGUAUGGCCUUCUAACGGAGUAGCAAAGGCGAUGAAGUGAUUUUUGCGACAUGCAUUGUGAAAAGACAAAAGUUCCCUUUGCACUGUGCAAUUUUCGGCUUUGGCUUUUUUGGGCUGUCGCUUGCAACCUGACGGUCUUUUUGCACGGUGUGUGUCGCCAAAAUCACUACAGCGACUUUGUAAACGCACUAUCAGUUUGUCGGGAAAAUAAUGAGGCCUCUGUCCGCUGAGAAAAUGAAUUCUGUAGCAGCAAAAUUAAAUUGCUUUUCGCUUCAGCGACGCGAUCGGCAGAGCGUCAGAGUGCUCAUUAUUUUUCCGACAGGCUGAAGGAAACAAUAUUAUUUCUGUUUUUCAGGAGAAACCCGAGUAGCGAUCACCCCCAGUUCCGUGGCAACACUAACACAAAAGGGCUUUCAAGUGGUCGUCGAAGAGAAUUCCGGCGCGAAAGCCUCGUUUUACAACGAAGAAUAUGACAAGGCGGGGGCGAAGGUCACCAAUGUCAACGAUGUUUUCAAAUCCGACAUUCUUUUGAAGGUAAGUUGAGAACUUUUUGUAUGCCUAUUUUGAUGAAACUUGCAGAAAAAUUUUAUUGAGAUUUUAAGGCAUCUUCGGAUAAAAAAUUGAAAAAUUAUUAGAAAUUUUAAUUUAGGGGACAUUUUAUACGAUAAAAAAAGUUUGGAGAUAUCUUAUAUCAGUCUGUCGGGAAAAUAAUGAGCACAUUUUUGGUGUGACGACCCCGUGGAUGAAGUGAAAAGCAUUUUGAUUUUACCGCGCCACAAUUAAUUUCCUAAGCGGUGAUGCGAUUUUCGUUGCAACAGAGUGCUUAUUAUUUCCCCGACAGACUUAUAAUGCUUAUAAUGCCUUUUUAAGACCCAUGUAAAAUCUUACGAAAUUUUUUUAAGCUUUAUGUCUCGAGCAUUACAUCUAAUUACGUUUUUAGCUUAUUGAAGGAAUAUUUCACCCAGACAUUUGCUUUUUUUACUUUCGGUUUUAGGUCAGGGCCCCAAUUAUCAAAGAGACUGGGCAGUUUCGUCAGGAGGGAACGUUGAUUUCAUUCUUCAAUCCUGUGGCGAAUAAGGAUGUUUUGGAGGAAUUGAAAAAGAAAAAUGCCACUGUUUUUGGAAUGGAACUUAUUCCGAGAAUUUCGAGGGCGCAGGUAUGGUUUUUAAAAUUUUUUGAUCUAUAAUUUUUUGGUUAUUUAAAUUUUUUUAUUCAUUUUUUUCUCAAUUGUUUAUAUUUUUUUUUAAUUUUUUGAUUUUUUAUAUUUUUUGGAUCUAAUUUUUUUAUUUUUUUUAUUUUUUUAUUUUUUAAUAUGUUUUUUUUCAUUUUUUAUAUUUUUCAGACCUAAAAAUAUUUUUUCCAGAUAUUCGACGCCCUCUCUUCCAUGGCCAAUAUUGCUGGCUACAAAGCCGUAAUCGAGGCCGGCAAUCAUUUCGGUCGCUUUUUCGGCGGCCAAAUCACCGCUGCCGGCCGGAUUCCUCCAGCUAAGGUGCUGGUGAUUGGUGCCGGAGUGGCUGGACUUAGUGCAAUUGGAACGGCCAAGAAUUUGGGAGCUAUUGUGCGAGCGUUCGAUACAAGACCAGCGACAAAAGAGCAGAUUGUCUCGCUGGGAGGGGAGUAUUUGGAGGUGAGAGAAAGUUGAUUGAGCACAAAAAAUUUUAAAAAUAAAAAAAAAAAUUUUUUAGUUUUAGAAAAAAAUUAACAAAUUUUGCCUCAUAAAAGUUUUUUUUCUAUAUUUUUUUUAUUUUAAUUUGAUUUAAAAAAAAUUGGAAAAAAUCGGAAAAUAAAAAUAAAAAAAAUUUUUUUUUGAAAUUUUCAGGAAAAAAAUUAACAAAUUUCGCCUCAUAAAGGUUUAUUUUCUAUAUUUUUUAACUUUAAUUUGCUUUUUUUCAGCUAAAAGGCCUCGAAUUGGACGAGGGCCAAGGUGGAUAUGCCAAGGAAAUGAGCCCUGAAUUUUUGAAGGCCGAGAAAGAAUUGUUCGAAAAACAAUGCCAAGAUGUCGAUAUUAUCAUCACCACUGCCUUGAUUCCCAACAAAAAAGCUCCAUUACUGAUUACAAAGGUAAAAACGAGACUUUUUGAUAUUUUUUCAGGUUUUUUCGAAAAUAAUCGGCCAUUGUUUUUAAAAAUUUGGUGGUAAUAUCUUUUUGAAGUCUUUUGCACUCUUACACAUUCAUUUUUAGUAUUUUCCCUCAGGCAAAAUAGGAGAAAACUCUCUUUUUCCAAAAAAGAAUGCAUAAAAACCCUCUCUCUUUCCGAAAAAAAACGGAGGAACACCGCAGUGGAAAGGGCUGUGGUCACGUGUCUGUAUAGCCGAGUGGUUAGCGCGUCGGUCUUGAAAACCGGCAAGUUGCUGAGCGGCGCGGGUACGAAUAUUUUGCCCUUGAAAUGGAUGGAAAUAGUAUUUUUUGUUGGAAAAGUAUUACUUUUUGAAAUAUUUGCUUAUUAUAUCAUGUUUUUAAAUGUAAUUUAUCUUAUUUUAUGCCUUUUUUUCACAUUUAUUUGAGUUUUUUUUUCAAUUUUUUUCAUUUCUAUUAAUUUUCUUGCAGGACAUGGUGAAUAUGAUGAAACCUGGAAGUGUAAUCGUCGAUUUGGCCGCUGAAAAUGGUGGCAAUGUGGAAACAACCAAGCCCGGAAUAGUAUACACUUCCGAAAACGGGGUUACUCAUAUCGGAUAUACCAAUUUGGCGGCUAAACUUCCAACCCAAAGCUCAACUUUAUACUCAAAUAAUAUCACAAAAUUUUUGCUCAGUCUAGGUAGGCAGCUUUAGAGAUUUAUCGGAUUUUUUCGAAGCAUUUUUGGGAAAUUUUCAAAAUUUUUUGGAUUUUUUUCGAUUUUCUUCGAUUUUCAGGCGACGGAAAGGAGAAUUUUUACGUGAAUUUGGACGACGAAGUCACCAGAGGCUCUAUUGUUCUUCACAAAGGCGAAUUAUUAUGGCCAGCACCUCCAAUUCAGGUUAAGAAAGUCGAUAAAAAGUCGGAGCCUGAAGUGAAAAAAGCUGAAGUUGUCCCGAAUCCGUACAGAGACACGCUGCGAAAGGCGUUUUAUUACACUGGAGGACUGACUGGAGUCACAUCUUUAGGUGCAAUAAGUCCAAAUGCCGCGUUUAGUCAUACUGCUACCGUUUUUGGACUUUCUACGAUUGUUGGUGGGUUUUGGAAUUUAAAAAAUUUAUUUUUGUGUGUAAAAAAACUUUGUUCGUCGUAUAACAUGUCGCCUGAGAUUUUGUUCAAUAAGAUGUGUGAGAUUUUUUAUCGUAUAAGAUGUCCCCCAAGACGUUUUUGUCGCAUAAAAUGUCACCAAAUUUUUUUCUUAUAAAAUGUCGCCAUGUAUUUGUCUCAUCGUAUAAACUGUCUCAAAAUUCUUGGGCUUAUAAAAUGUCAUCAAAAAUAAUCUGUCGUAUAAAAUGUCUACAAAAAUUUCUUCGUCGUAUGAAACGUCUCCUACAAUAACUUUUCGAUAGAGACAGUGAAAUUUUUUAUUGUAUAAAAUGUCCUGAAAAGACAUUUUUUAUAGUAUAAAAUGUCACCAAAGUUUUUUCGUAUAAAAUGUCACCACAUGUACCUUUUAUCGUAUAAAACGUCCUCCAAAAGUUAUUAUCGUAUAAAAUGACCACUAAAAUAUUUCCAUCGUAUAAAACGUCCCCAAAAGAAUAGCACCGUAUAAAAUGUCACCCUCAACUUUCAGGCUACCACACUGUCUGGGACGUGAAGCCGGCUCUGCAUUCGCCACUCAUGUCCGUUACCAACGCCAUUUCCGGUCUCACCGCUGCCGGCGGGAUUUGCUUGAUGGGCGGAGGGCUUCUUCCAUCCACAACGGCUCAAUCCCUCGCAUUGGGGGCCACAUUCUUAUCCGCAGUCAAUAUUGGCGGAGGAUUUGUGAUCACAAAGAGAAUGUUGGACAUGUUCAAGAGACCGAGUAAGAUUUCUUUGAUUUUUUUGGUUUUUUGAUUUGUAAUUUUGUGAAAACUUUUUUCCAGCCGAUCCUCCCGAGUUCAACUACCUCUACGGACUGCCGGCAGCCACAUUCUUGGCCACUUAUUCCCUGGCCGCUAGUCAGGGAUUCCCAGAAGUUCAUCAGUUCGCUGGCCUCGCGGCUUCUCUCUGCUGCGUUGGCGCGCUCGCCGGCCUCUCAAAUCAGUCCACAGCGCGUUUGGGAAACGCGUUGGGAAUGAUUGGAGUUGCUGGAGGGAUUGGCUGCACUAUCGGAGCAUUGGCUCCCGGAGCGGAGCAGUUGGCGCAGAUUGGGGCCGCCCUUGGAUUGGGAGGGCUGAUUGGGGUUGGUAAGGAAUUUUCAUGGUGUUUUUAGGGUUUGUGAAGAUUUUGGAGACAUAGGGGGUUAAUUUUGGGACGAUUUUUUCACGAAAAAGAUGAGAGAUUUUGAUACUUUUUGCAGUUUUUUUUUCAAAAAAUUGUUUUUUUUUUUGCUUUUUCUUAAUUUUGAUAUGUUUUGAGACUUUUUUUUGUGGAAAAAUAGUCUGUAGAAGGUGAUAAAAAUAAUUAUUUUUAUUUUUAUAAUAUUAAAUUCUAUUUUUGAUUUAAACUUUUUAUUUUUUUUAUUUUUUUUUUCAAGUUUAAUAUUUUUUUUCUUAUUUUUUGGCCUUUUAAGGUAUUGCCCGAAAAAUAAAUGUGACCGAGCUCCCACAACUGGUCGCUCUCUUCCAUUCGUUCGUCGGAGUGGCCGCUGCAACGACCUGUAUCUCCGAAUUUUUGGCGCAUUCCUCCGAUUUCUCGGAUCCGGCGGGAACAGCGGUGAGAACGGCGCUGUUCUUGGGCACUUUUAUCGGUGGAAUUACCUUUACUGGAAGUCUGAUGGCUUUUGGAAAACUUCAGGGUGAGUUUUUAAUUGAUUUGAAAACGACAUUUUUUUGAUGAGAUUGGAAAAAAAUUUUUGGUCGAUUUUUUCUCGACAUUGAAAACAAAAUUUUUUUUUAAUUUUUUUUUAAUUUUACAAUUUUUUUAUUUCAAAAUGUGUUUAUAAGCGCAAAAAGUCCUCGGUUAAAAAACACUGUUUAUCGUAUAAAAUGACCCCUAAAAGUGCGUAUAAAAUGUCCCCUUCGAAAAAAUCGUUGUACAAAACUUCUCUAUUUUCUGUCGUAUAAAAUGUCCACUGAGAGCCUUUUCGUCCUACUAGUUUGUCGGGAAAAUAAUGAGCACUUUGUCGUAUCGAAAGUCGCAUCGCUGCCGAGCAAAUGAAUUGUGUCGCGGCAAAAUCGAAUUGCUUUUCACUCCAAAGACGUGAUGCGACUAUGUGCUCAUUAUUUUUCCGACAGACUGAUGGAAUGAAAGUAGGCUUCAGUGGUCAUUUUAUACGACAAAAAAGAUUUGAGAAAUUUUUUACAAUGAUUUUUUUUCGAAGGGGACAUUUUAUACGUACUUUCGGGGGACAUUUUAUACGAUAAAUACUAUUUUUUAAUCGAGUAAUUUUUGCGCUUAUAAAAAAUAAGAUUUCUCCAAAAAUUUUUCAUCGUAUAAAAUGUCCUUUAAAAAUAAAUUUUCUAAUGAUUUUUCAGUUUUUUAUUUAUUUUUUUCAACCUUUUUUAUGUUCAAUUUCCGAUUCUUCCAGGAAUUCUCUCCUCUUCCCCCACCCUUCUGCCCGGCCGCCAUUACAUAAACGGCGGCAUUGGCCUCGCCAAUCUCGCUGCGUUGGCCACCUAUUGCACGACCGCGGAUCCGUCGACCGGUCUGGCCAUGCUGUUGGCGACGGCCGGCCUUUCCUCCACCAUGGGCACCACGCUGACCAUGGGAAUCGGGGGAGCGGAUCAGCCGGUUGUGAUCACCGUUUUGAACAGCUAUUCCGGAUGGGCGCUGUGCGCCGAGGGCUUCAUGCUGAACAAUGAUUUGUUGACCAUUGUGGGCGCGCUGAUUGGCAGCAGUGGGGCGAUUUUGUCGUAUAUCAUGUGCAGAGUGAGUUUUUGGAAAAAAUUUUUUUUUGAUUUUUUUUUUCAAAGAGGUCUGAAAUUUAUGGCUUGUAACUCCGACGCUUAGAUUUUGAUAAAUCCGUCGCGAAUUUUGAUUAAUUUGUCCUUUACAGUUAGAAGUAAACUUAUUAGGUCGAAAAAUCCCAAGAAAUCUGCAUUUUUGUCCUUUCCUCGGCUGUAUUUGGGGUAAAAGUUAACAAAAGAUAGCAGAAAUUACUUACCACGCUCUAUACAUCAUUUAUUUCUACAUCUACACUUAUAUUUUUUUUAUUUUAGGGGAUGAACCGCAGUUUGGGCAAUGUGAUCCUUGGUGGACUUCAAGGCGGUCCAAGUAAGAUGAAAGCGCAAGAAGGCGAGGCCACAUUUACAGCUGUCGAGCAAGUAAGUGGUUUUCAUUCUAUUCUGAACAAUCUCCACCGAUUUUUUGAGCGAAAUCUUGAGAGUUGAAAUUUUCCAAUAAUUUUGUGACAUUUCGUCCAAAACCCGAUAAUGAAAUAUCAAUUUGCAGAUACCAUUUUCUAACAUUCAAAACCUGAUUUUCUAAGUAUUUUAAAACGCGUUUCACUACACUUUGGAGCUUAGCCUAACGGAGGCCGGACAUUGUUAAAAUCGAUGUCUCAGAAUUAAACCAAAAUUGGUCAACUUAAUCACCCCGGGGCAUAGAAUAUUCGCUUUCUUUGUUUUUGCCCAAAGUUACCAUAUGACGGAUUACUGUAACUUUCUUCCUCAAAAAAGAUAUGCCCUAAUCGUGAAAACGAAGCUGUAUUUUAGUGCAAAUUGAGUUUAGGUGUAUGUUUUCGAGCAUGUAGAACAUUUUUGUAAUUAUCACCAAAUACUAAAAAUUACAUCUAAGCGAUGUUUUAUCUGCGGUAACAUACCAUUUCGGACGUAAAAUGGGCCAUUGUAACCAGUAGCACUUUUAGAUACGCUAAAAAGAAACUUCAACUUUUAUCCAAUCAACCAUGGAAAUUUCAAAAAAAUCAAAUAUAUAAGUUUUGAGAUACAGGGAGUUCAAUAUCUCAUGUACAAGGUCAUCAGGGUCCCAAAAAAAGCUGGCAUUCUUGGGGUUUCGACGUGUAGCACUUUUUCAAUGGUUUUUGUACAUUCUUAACCUUUGAAAUGACGAUACAGCGAGUUUCAGGAGAAAAAAAUGUAUAAGUUUUGAGAAAAUCGCCAAAAUACCUUAUUUUAGGUCAUCAGAACCCCCAAAAAAGCUGGCAUUCUUGGGGUUUCGACGUGUAGCACUUUUUCAAUGGUUUUUAUACAUUCUUAACCUUUGAAAUGACGAUACAGCAAGUUUCAGGAGAAAAAUAUGUAUAAGUUUUGAGAAAAUCUUUUUUUGGGGUUCUGAUGACCUAAAAUAAGGUAUUUUGCCCAUUUUCUCAAAACUUAUACAUUUUUUUCUCCUGAAACUCGCUGUAUCGUCAUUUCAAAGGUUAAGAAUGUACAAAAACCAUUGAAAAAGUGCUACACGUCGAAACCCCAAGAAUGCCAGCUUUUUUUGGGACCCUGAUGACCUUGUACAUGAGAUAUUGAAUUCCCUGUAUCUCAAAACUUAUAUAUUUGAUUUUUUUGAAAUUUCCAUGGUUGAUUGGAUAAAAGUUGAAGUUUCUUUUUAGCGUAUCUAAAAGUGCUACUGGUUACAACGGCCCAUUUUAUGUCCGAAAUGGUAUGUUACCGCAGAUAAAACAUCGCUUAGAUGUAAUUUUUAGUUUUUAGUUAUAACUACAAAAAUGUUCUACGUGGUCGAAAACAUAUGGUGGUUGAUCGAUCCGACUAAAAUACGGCUUUAUUUUUGCAUAAAAUGCAAUGCUUUUCUCAGAAAGAAAGCUACAGUAAUCCUCCAUAUAACGACUUUGGGCAAAAAAAAUUCAAGUGAUUGUUUCAUACCGAUUGGUGGUUCGGUUGACCAAAUUUGGUUUGAUUCUGAGACAUCGACUCAACAAUGUCCGGGCCAAUCUACGAUUUGUAGUGAAACGCGUUUUAAUUGAAAUUUAUGCAAAAAAUUUUCCAAUAAUUUUUUUGACAUUUCGUCAAAAACCCGAUAACGAAAUGUCAAUUUUUAAAAAAUCUCAGAAAAGAGUAAAUUACAUUAAAGGUAGUGCUGAGAGCUUGUUUUAGCUGCAUUUUUCAGGUAGUCAACCUCAUGGACUCCGCCAAAGACAUAAUUAUUGUCCCAGGCUAUGGGUUGGCCACGGCUAAAGCCCAGUAUCCAGUGGCGGAGUUGGUCAAAGUUUUAACCGAAAAAGGCUGCCGGGUCCGCUUUGCCAUUCAUCCAGUUGCCGGCAGAAUGCCGGGCCAACUGAAUGUUCUGUUGGCCGAAGCUGGAGUACCUUAUGACAUUGUGGAAGAAAUGGAAGAGAUCAAUGAUGACUUCCGUAAGUUUUAGAGCCCUUUCUUGGCCGGGGACGUGCUCAAAGUGCGAAGCUCGAAUUUUGAUAAAAGUUAUCGCAAAUUUAAAUUAUUUUUUUUCUAACACAUAGAACAAUUUUCUAACCGGCGCUUUGCAGAGAUGACCAAGAAUUUGUAGGUCGAAAUUUUGAAAAAGUAUUACAACGUUACGCAAAUUUUGACAUGGAAAAUUUGAUAGCUAUUUCUACUGUAGAGAAGGUAAUUUUUUCACAAAAAAAUCAUUUUUUCGCCCGAAACUGGCAAACAUUUGGCGAAAAUGCUUUUCUCUGGCCGCCCUCCACUUUUCACAUACUCUCUCGACCGCAAAGAUCGUUGAAUAUCUCGGCAACGCCUGAAAAGCACAAGCCAAAUUUUUGUGGAAUUAAUAUGCGGCCUAUACCAGACAUGUGUAAAAAAUUUAAAGGACCAGAAAAGGUAUUUUUUGAACCGAUUUUUUUAUCGGCGUAAUCAGGCAAUUUCGUGGCGGGACCAUCAAGGUAUGUAUGUGUUCUCGAUUUUUAGAAUGGAGAAUAAACUUCUCCUGUGGAUUUUAAAUGGCCGAUUGGCCCAAAACUAUUGCUUCACAUGUUGAAUGAGCUGGGUUAUUCCAGGAACUCGAUGAAAAACAUCAAAACCGUUCAUGUAAGUUGUUUUUUUUCCUUCAGUUACUUUUUUAGGUAUCUCUCCGAACAAGAAGGGUUGGACGAUUAGAAGCGGUUUGAAUCCGGACUCGUGGAUGGGAAUGGUCGAGGGAAACAUGUGGACGGGUGAGAAUUUGACUUCUUUUGUGUUUAUUUUUUAGACAGACCGAGAUCAUGAAUAAUGUUUUUAUCAGUGAAAUUAGUUCUCUAGCUUUAGUUAAUCACUGCAUGAAGUAGUCCAGGGGUUGACAUACGUUUUACAGAACAAAGAAUGUUAUUAAUACUCCGUUUUUAUCAGAACUAUGCACUUUUGCCAUGGAUAAUAUCAAAAUUUGGGCUAAAACUUGAUUUUUGGGUAAUAAGCUUGAACUUUUGGGCAAUAAUUUCUUUGUAAAUGUUCAUUUUGUUUCAGAUUCCUGUUACGUCGGGAAAAAAGUACGAUGCAGACCUUGGAGACUAGAACAAUGCCAUCAACACGGAAAAUUAUCUUCAUGAACGUUGAAUCCCUUUUGCUCUAUUUCAAUCUAAAUAUAUUUUCUCUGUUUCAGUCUAAUAUUAGCAAUAAACCUUUUCUUAAGAUCUGUGAGUUGUUUUUGAAUUCGUCAAGGAACUUGACGCCAUGUUCAGAGUUGCAUCAAUGGAAAGAGAUACCUAAAAUUCAAAAAAAAACGGAUAAAACGGAAAUAAUUGAACUAAAAACGGAACAUGAAUAGUAAAUGCUAAACUUUUGCCAUCUUUCUGAGCUUAGGAGAUCAAAUAGAACCUGAAAGACGAACACAAUCAGUAAUUUUCCAAUUUUUCAUGAAGUACAACAUAAUUUUUGAACUUAUAUGACGAUUUUCGAUGGAAUUCCUGAAAUUUCACAUCUUAUUCGGCACGAAUACCAAUCUUUCUGAGCCAAUCGGCCAUUUAAAAUUCACAGGAGAAGUUUAUUCUCCAUUCUAAAAAUCGAGAACACAUACAUACCUUGAUGGUCCCGCCACGAAAUUGCCUGAUUACGCCGAUAAAAAAAUCGGUUCAAAAAAUACCUUUUCUGGUCCUUUAAGGAAGAUCUGAGUGUUACACUUGGACUAUCCAAAACUGAAAUUUUAAAGAUCAAAGCUUCGAAAGAACUGAAAAUUUCCCGUCUUUCAGCCCAAGCCGAUCUCGCCCUCGUGAUCGGCGCGAACGACACCGUCAACAAGUCGGCUGAAGACGACGCUGACUCUCCGAUCGCCGGCAUGCCCGUUCUGCAGGUGUGGAAGGCCAAGAAUGUGGUCGUGAUGAAGCGCACCAUGGGCCACGGGUACUCGGCGGUCGACAAUCCGCUCUUCUUCAUGCCCAACACUCAAAUGCUGCUCGGCGAUGCGAAGUCGACGUGUGACGCGCUUCUGGAGGGCGUGAAAAAGUUGUAA